GGUGUCAUUAGUUUUAAAACAGAGCACCGAAAGGACUUGAAAAAGGAGAAAAAAUACAACUGUUAUUUAGUGAGAAAAACCACCAAGUCGGAAACAAUGAUAGGGUUAAAAAUUACAGUUUUUAGCUGGAGUUUGUGGUACAUGGCGGCAUUUGCAACAUCUUGCUCAGAUAGAGGUUAUUUUUGUUGGAUUUGGAAGACCACUGGCAAAUGCAAAAGGACUUCCGACUAUGCUGUGUACAAAUGCCAAAAGACAUGCAACUUUUGUCCUGUCCCGACAGAGGCGCCGAAACCUACGGAUAUACCACCAACAUUUACAACAACUGACCAGCCUUCGGAGUGCCAUCUCGAAAAACUUCUACCCAUCAGCAGAGAACGUGUUCGGGACAAACAGCUACAGGGUCACGUGAUUUACCACCAGUCUGUUGUAUCAGAAAUUCAAUGCGAGGAUCUUUGCCUUCGGAUUCCCAGAUGUUUGGCUUAUAAUUAUCAGUAUUCUGGAAAGCAUGACGAGAAUGAGAGGGCCUGUGAACUGAUGAACAGUGUGGUAGAUGUAAAGAGCAGCGUUGGUUUCAGCUUCCGACUGUUCGAGCGCAAUAGAGCCAAUAAGUAUUUAUUCAGCAAUUGCCUUGGUGAUACGUGAAACCUUCUAAUCUGAUAAUGGGCGACCAAUUCAAGACUGAACAACACUUUCCUCUUUGUGGAUUAAGGAGAAAACCCAUCGUGUAUACUUACUACUCUUCUCUCACUUCAGUAGCAAACACACACAUCCUACUGUCUCCGGGCGUGAUACUUGGAAUAUCAAGGGAAAGAAUCUAACAUUUCUAACCAAUAGCUGCACUAUCAUCUGCGUUUAAAGCGCAGUUGAGGGCAUACAGCGGAGACAAAAGACCUUUCAAUUGCUUAUCAAAACUUAGUAUGUCCCUCCAGCUUAUUACCUAGUAUAUGCAGACUGUCAGUUUUAACCCUUUAACUCCCAAGAUCUCACUAGUAAUUCACCUAAACUACUAUCUGCCAUGUAGUUCUUGUGAUGUUAGUUUGGAGAAUUUGGUAUUGGAUCAACUAAUAAUCUCCUAAUUAAUAUUUUUCUUUAUUCUCAUCACUUGUCUGCUUGAUAUUGUAUUGAUAUUGUAAGGAGAAAUUCUGUCUUAGUCACUCAUGGGAGUUAAAGGGUUAAGUCAAAAUGCGAGGUGUUAGUAAAUAUAUCUUAUCAGACGUUUUGGUGUGUGGUAUUUCUGGGUAUUUUAACGAGUUUUUUUGUAUUUUGACCCGCCUUACG